AUGGGAUCAGUAUUGCCAUCAGAAUUGUCAUCAGGGUUGCCGGGCGACAACGUGGUAAGCCAUCAGCAUUACGCCGUGUCACUAGGAGGGAUCAACGUUGAUGCAAAGCAGCGUCUCACGAGCAGUAUCGAACAUGAUCGUAGCGGACGCGAUGCUUCCGCCAUGCGACAAAAGACAUACUGCGAAUGGGAUAAACAUGAGCAGAUGAAGAAGGCGCAGUCGGAAGUAUUCUUCGAUUAUACCUGUCUAGCUAUCUGAGCUACAUACCCAAUCUUCGAUACAAGACAUUAUCCUUUCCUCCUUGCACUUGCCGUACACACCAAGCCCAGACCCUAUCACAUGUCUGCCGCCCCCUUAAGAGUCGUUCAUCCACCCAUCGAACACGUCCACCACAAGAAGAUUAAAAAAUAUCCAAAAUAAUACAGUUUAUACCAUGCAAGGAGUGUACCAACCCAUCCAUCUAGUUUAACAUCGUUGGUCGUGGGUCAUUAAAAAAAGGCCUGUGUCGUUGAAGGAGAGGCGUGAAAAUAUACAGAGUAGAGGCUAGCGAGCUGCUUAGAACAUGGCAGCGAAAGCCAUGGCUCCAACGGCGAAAGCGACCAUAGGGUUGUUGGCAACUGCGGCACCAGUGAACUGGGCGGGGGCAGAGGUGGUGGCUGUGGGAGGCUUGACCGGAGUUCCAGAGGCAACAGGUGCAGUGGGGUACGAAGGAGGAGCUGAAGCGGGCGGGGCCGGGACAGACGCGGGAGG